UUUGGACUGGUAGAGUAUCGCGAGAACUGUGAAUCUUCGCGCCUGCAAUGCUGACAUCGACCCACAAGAUGUCGCGAGAAGGACUAGAUAAUAAACCAGCAAAAGGUUUCACACAGUCGUGCAGCAGGUCAGGAUGGAGGUGUCGUCUCUCCGUCUGCUUCUCUUGCUGAGUUUUCUGGACUCUGGGGCUGCUCGAGUCUCUCUGAUGAUGUCUCCAGAUAAAUCUCAGUUCUUCAAAUAUGAAUGUUUCACUGUGAGCUGUGAGCAGGAGGAGGGUGAACAUAGGACCACGUGGAGAGUGAUGAAGAGGACAAAGGACGGAGAGGUGAGUCCAUGUCUGUCCUCCUGCUCCAUCUCUGCUGCGUUUCCUGCCACUGACAGCGGAGAGUACUGGUGUGAAAAUGAACAGGCGGCAACCAGCAACAGCGUCAACAUCACCGUCACUGCUGGCUCUGUGAUCCUGGAGAGUCCUGGACUUCCUGUGACGGAGAAUGAUAAUGUGACCUUGAGAUGUACAUGUAAAGAAAUUCAAACGUCCUGCUCGGUCCUCAAAACUGAAUUCUACAAAGACGGCCUCCUUAUUCAUGGCAGCAACACAGGACACUUGACUCUGUACAGAGUUUCAGCGUCUGAUGAAGGACUCUACAAGUGUAAAACUCUUGGAUCUGAUGAAUCACCAGAGAGCAGGCUGACAGUCAGAGCGCCCCCUGGAGACCGCGAUGCUCCAUUCCCCCUGCCGACUCUCUUCAUUCUGUUGCGCCACCUGCUGGUGGGUAGUCCUUACCUGCUGUCCACCGUCUUACUGGGACUCAUACACAGAGGCAGGCUGAGAGCGCAGCGCGUCAGGAAAAGGAGGCGAACGUGCAGUAAAGUCGUCAUGGAGAUGGAGCAUGGCAUGUGUCAUCACACCUGACAUUAAUGUGACAUAUGUGACGGAUUACAAGCUGAAGAUGAAGACGAGAACCAUCCCAGAGUCACCUUCAGUUUUUAUAACGUCAGACUUUAUAUUCAUUCAAAGUUCUUUUUUUUUUUGUCUUAACCUGUUUUCCCUUGAGCGGAACAUUUUUUGAGUUCGCCGUCUCUAAUAGAAAAAUAAAAUCAUGAUUAUCGUU